AUGCAGUUCUCCAGCGUCCUCUCUCUGGUCUUUGCCGGCAUUGUUGCCGCUCAGGAUGUGGCCACUCUCUUCUCCAACACCAACUUCGAGGGCGCCACCUACACCAUCAGCGGCCCUGAUGAUGUUCUUGGAUCGUGCACCGCUGUUGCCGACUUCCCUCUUGUACAGUCCAUCAAGGUCGCCGAGGGCCACGCUGUUGUUCUCUACAACACUGCCGACUGCGCCAUCCCCUAUGCCGCAUACGACCGCGACACUGCUGCCACCCUCGUCAACGGCAACUUUGCCGCUUUCGCCGUCGCCGUCGCCCACUAG